GGGUGAUCAGACAGACCGGGAGCGCGCGCAGAUCCGCCCUCUAGACGCCAUUUCUCGGACGGUGUGGGGAGCUGAAGCAGCUUUUACACCAAUCCUGGGAAGGAACAGAAAACGCAACAAACCGACACUAUAAAAAGUCCUCUAGGUCGUCUAGUGGUGUGGCAGCGUCGUGCCUCAUAUAGGGGAGCGCCGCGCAAGGAAGGAAACUUUCUGUUGCGAGAAUAUUCAGUUAGUUGUGUGUGAAGACGUGUUGCGGGCCGCCAUUUUUGUUACAGCCUUCGAAGUCUGUUGGGAGUCUAAAUAAGAGACAAAACUCUUCCGUACUUUCUGUGAAUACACGAAUAAGGACUAGUUUUUGGACGUGACCGACAAACGUCGCCGUGUAUCGUCAUGCAGAGCGAUUUAUUCACAUAUUAUGGCGUUGUUUGUAUCAUCUUGAGCGGACGAUAAUUGAGGACCGCUAGCUGGCUAACGCUUUAUAUUGUCUCAUAAGCUGCAGCUACUUUCACGGAAGAGAGAGCGGAAAGGGGAACUUUAAUUCUAAACACGCGUUUUUGGGUUCGUUGCCAACUUGUGGGGUUGUUUAAACCUGUUUUAUGCCCGUCGUGAUUCUUGUGUUGGUGGAAAUUUAGCGAUGCAUCAAAGUUGGUUGACGCCAGUCGCAGCCUGUCUGGUCAAACGUCAGGUUGCGGUUCAGUAAGACUGUCGGAUCAAAAAGUGUUAGGUCACUUGUAAGAAUAGGCGUUUGUUGUUUUAAUUAAUAGAUUUUUUUGUCUGUUUUCUUUUUUGAAUUCAUUGGCCACAGUUGUAUUUUGAGCAAACAUGUCGUCUGCACGGUUCGACUCCUCGGACCGAGCCAGCUGGUAUUUCGGGGCGGUUUCGAGACAGGAGGCGCAGAAUAGGCUACAGGGACAGAGACACGGGAUGUUUUUGGUGCGAGAUUCCUCCACCUGUCCUGGUGAUUAUGUACUGUCAGUGUCCGAAAACUCCAAAGUUUCUCACUAUAUCAUCAACUCUUUGCCAAACAAGAGAUUCAAGAUAGGCGACCAAGAGUUUGAUAAUCUACAUGGACUUUUGGAGUUCUAUAAAAUACAUUAUCUGGAUACGACCACCCUGAUAGAGCCAGCGCCAAGGUACCCCAGUACCUCUCUGCCCAGUGGUCCUAUUCAGCAAUCCGGGGGACUUGGAGAUGAGAACCAGGAGUAUGUGCGGACUCUUUAUGACUUCACUGGUAGCGAUGCUGAAGACCUUCCUUUCAAGAAGGGUGAAAUCCUAAUUAUUCUAGAAAAGCCUGAGGAGCAGUGGUGGAGUGCCAAGAACAAAGAAGGCCGAGUAGGCAUGAUUCCUGUUCCCUAUGUAGAAAAGUUGGUGAAGCCUUCGCCUCAGCCCGGCCAUGGAUCACGUAAUUCCAAUAGCUAUGGCAUCCCUGAGCCAGCACACGCCUAUGCUCAGCCUCAGACUCCAUCGCCCAUUCCUCCCAUCACACCCGGCGCUGUCAUCAACCCACUGCCUUCCAUGCAGAACGGGCCAGUAUUGGCGAAGGCAAUCCAGAAACGAGUGCCAUGUGCAUAUGACAAAACUGCCCUAGCACUGGAGGUGGGCGACAUUGUGAAAGUGACUAGAAUGAACAUCAGCGGUCAGUGGGAAGGGGAGGUAAAUGGCCGGAGAGGUUUAUUCCCUUUCACCCAUGUGAAAAUAUUGGACCCCCAAAAUCCAGAUGAGUGCGAAUGAUCUGGGCCAUGCACUGUCAGCACCCCGUCAGCUCGCCGGCUGCCCCAUCAAGACACCACCGGUAUUACGCUUGCCUGCCUUGGGGCUCAGCCGUGGCGCAUUUCUCAAGCAAACCAUUUGUGUGGCUUCUGACUGUUUACAGCUCCGAAAUCAAACUUUUCUUAAUCCCCCUCACUUGGUUACAGGUGAAUCAGUAUUUUUUUUUUGUGUUGUCUGCCCUUAAUAUUCAGUUGUUUCCACGCAUUGGCCAUCUGUACCUGUGACAAGGUGAAAUGAGGCCUCCAAUGUGACCUGAGCCUUCUUGCCACUCUCCUGCAGUUUUCUGUCUUCAGCUUUAACUUUUGCCAGCUAAAUUAUGUUGUGUUAAGAAAGGGAAAUGAGGAUGAUUAUACCCUCUGGUUUGAUUGCCAAAUGUUAACACAAAUUUGGUCUUUUAUUUUGUCUUUUGUUAGAUUUAAACAGAAUUCUAGUGAUACUGAUCUGACCUUUGGUAACAGCCACGACUUGAAGAUAAAGACAGGGUAUUAAAGUGGCAGGUUCUUAGAGUAGCAACAACUGCAUCACUCCUCCUGAUUGACUUUAGAAACAGACUCACCAGUUAACGUCUUUUUUAUUUUUUCCCCUCAGCUAGUAUGUUGGACUAGUCUCCUGUAGCCUUUUUAUUUGUGCCAUAAUAACUUAUCUGCAAAUUGCAUUCGUAGUAUAGCUAGAUGGUUGUGGCUGGACUCUCUGGGGGUUUUUUUUAAUGGUGAAGGGCUUGCCUGUGGGUU